UUAUAUUAGGAAGAAGAUUCUAUAUCUAGCUCAAAAGCACCAACACUCGGUUGAACACUUGAACUCACCUCACCAUGAAAGCUAUUGAUAUACUCUGUGCUUCACAAGCUGCAACCUCCAUCGUCGACUACAUGGAUUCCAACAACAUUCAUCAACAACCAUCCUCUUCCUCCUCCGGAACCUCCGCCGGCGGCAGAGCAAUCGACCGCCACAACCCCAUCAUCCAAGACCAAAAAAGACUCUCCUCUUCCACCCAACCCACCACUACUCCAAACAAGAACAAGAAGAAUCCCAAAAACAGCGAUCAAAAAAGAAAAUCCAUUGCGUUUGCUGAUGAAAAUAACGACCAACAGUUGAUUAUGAAUAAAAAUAGUUAUGUGAAGAACCCUAGUAGCAGCAGCACCACCGUCGUAAGGAGGCAAGGAGGAGGAACUCUGCUUGGAUGGGGUUGUACAAGGCCAGGUGAUUUUAUCAGCCCUGCAACUUCUUCAAGGUUCUUGUUGGCUGACAAAGCCUUGUCCGAUCAGUUUGAUCCACUUUUGAAGCAAGUUUCGCCGCCGCCACCCCCGCCGCCGGAAAAACCAGACAAGUUCGAGAAUGACGAUUCUGUUAAGAAGAAGGAUGAUAUCCGUUUAUCUUCUUCCCCUCCCAAGACAACGCCACGUUCUUCCUCUUCUUUGUCCUCACGCUCUUCCGAUCAACAGGUUGUUGUGUUAAGGGUGUCACUGCACUGCAAAGGUUGUGAGAAAAAGAUGAGGAAGCAUAUCUCUAAAAUGGAAGGAGUAAAAGACUUUAGUAUAGACUUUAUGGCUAAAAAGGUCACGGUGAUCGGUGAUAUAACACCGUUAGCGGUUCUCACAAGUGUGUCAAAAGUCAAGAACGCAAAAUUAUUAACUCCGACAACAAUUUCGUCACCGGCUGUCCCUGCGAUAGACUCAGAUUUCUCUGAAAUCAAGAAACAAUUAGGAAUUGUCUUAUAAUAAAUUAUAACGUAAUGGUGUAGGGUGGUUUUAAUCUUUGGAUUAUUUUGGCUAAUUUUGUACACAACAUUUGGGUAUUUUUGUGAUUACUAAUAUGAUAAACUGAAAUGGGGUUUUCGUAA